UUGACAAUAUUUCCUGACAUUAACUUCAGAUGUGAACAGAGGAGGCAUGAAAAACCCGAUACAGAGAAAUCUCUGUGUGUCAUUGUGUUGGUAUGUCUGAUGGGUGGAGUUCAAGGAUCAUUCAGAUUUUUGUAUCAUUGGCAACAUUGGUCUGUUAUUGUAGAAACGGUGCACCGUAUGUAGGAAACACCUUCUGCCUGGCAUCCAUCAAAAAGCACUUGUACACCAGCAGUUUAUAAUUAAAUUAAGUGAAUAAACUCUUAAAAACUAAAUGUUGCUGUAUGCUAUAUGAGUUGCUCUUUCACAAUGGAGUGACACAAAUGAAAUGGACGAGCAGGCGAGGAAAUGCACAGCAAUCAAUCAACUGUGGACACGAGCAGGUUUCAUAUACUUAAUCUACAAAUCCAUUCAUUCGGAGAGUCUUAAUCUCUGAGUUGCAUGCCCGUGAAGGCCCCUGACUCUGUCACUCAGGAGCUUAAAGAGCCAGAAAACAUUUUUUCUUUUCUUGGCAUGAUGGUGCAAGAUGAUGCAGUCUAGUUACAGGAAGAGCGGAGCAGCAGAUGAACCAGUUUUGCAAAGAAGCGGCAUCGUUUGACAUAGCUCGCUUGGGGUGUGCGUGUAUUCCAGGUAUUACUCAUAUCUUGGGGACACAGUCACAUUAUGGAGACGUUUGUCAAAAAAACAAGAAAAUGAUUAUAUUUAAAGUGAAGACAUGUUGUACGGUUAGGGUUAGGCCAGUUGUGGUUAUGGUUUAUGUGGUCAUGACAUGCUUAGCCAAUAGAUAUUUGGUGAAAAUGAAAAAAGACAGGUGUUUUUACACCAGAUUGUGUCCUGCAUUAGUCAUGCGUGGAUUCAGCUUCUCUACAAGUCCAUGUUGGCCUGUGAAUUUGUUAAAUUCCAAAGGAAAUCAUCCUCGUAGUCUCACGGGGAUAUCUUCUCUUCUCUUCUCGUCUUGGUCCGUCACAUUUCCAUUACUGCGUCACACUGUCAUCAACUCUAUUCUUAGCUGUCCUUCUCUUCUGCUCUUUUCUCUUUCUGCCCUUUCACCUCACCCCCAUCUCGUCAUUUGUACCCGUUCACCCUCUGCUUCUCAUUUAAUCUGUCUUAAUUUCCCUCUUUUCUCUGUCUUUCUCUCUCUCUCUCUUUCUGUUGCUCUGCUGUUCUCACCCUUCAUUUCACCCCGCAGAUUCAUCAUGUUUCAGGAACCACUGAGAUUAUCGUGGGAUUAUGCCAUGGGUAGAUUGUCAUGGUUACGUAAUAAAAAAUAAAAAAAAAACACCCAGUGCUAAAGCCAGGACACAACUUGCUGGGAUUAGAUCCUGUUUAUGUGUGUUGCAGGGAGUGGGAGGGGAUAAUAGUGGAGCUGGGUGGAGAAAUGAUUAUGGCGAGCCGGUUCGAUCAUGAUAAUCUAAUCGUGCAACAUGCUGAGAUGGAGAGCCAGGGGGAUAGCAAAUGAUUGCAGGGGAAGAUAUAAAAUAUUCAGAACUCAGACACACUCUGAUACAGCAGCGAAACGGAGACAGGGAGAGCCGGCGACAGAGAAAUUAAUGGAAGGAAUGUAAGAGGAAGAGUGAAGCUCGGGCCGUUGGCUGGCAAAGUGUUGGCUGUCUCUUUUCUCCUCAGAUGGCAUUGCUGGACGUCUGCCUUCGCAGCUCAGACAGUGUGUGUUUCAACUACGCCAGAUGUCCCAAGAUGUUAAUUCAGUGACUGCUGAGUGCUGCACCAAGUCCAUCACAUUCUGGCUUAUUUUCUCAUGUAGGAAACAGUGGAGAACGUCUUUUUUGGGGGGUGUCGGCGCAGUGAAGAAACCUUUUUAACCAAAAAAUACUGGAUUUAAAAUUUAUCCACUCAGGAUUUGUUUUCGAGGACAUUUUUCUUUUAUGAAGCAGUCUGACUGAGGACUUUCUGCACAUUUCUUUUGCAUGAGACAAAAGACCUUGGACCCACUCAAACCGCUUAUGCCCAGCCAUCAGCAACAAUGAUGUUCUGCACCACCUUCCUGUCUGCUCCCUCUGAAGAUCUUAAUUGUGAGGGUGGUGGUGGAGGAGCAGCAGCAGCAGUCGUCGGAGGUGUAAGUUCAGGCAGCUGUCUGACUUCCCUACACUGCCUCAUACUCCCGCAGGACGACUUGUACCCGUCUCUCUCCGACCAAACCGCCCGCCUUUCGAUUUGCGCCGAAGAGCAAACUCGCAACCUGAUGGACAAAAUGCUCCUCGAUGCCGGCGCGACCACCUGCGCGGCGAGAGGCGAGGGCAGGUGUAUUUGGGACAGGGUGAGAAGGAGGCGCAGUCGGUCAGCCUCGCCUUUGCCCAGCAAAACUCCCAAAAGUCCUUGUAGUCAGAGAGUCAAAGGUCCCACAUUGCCCAUGGCCACGGUGGACAUCAAAAACCCGGAGAUCAACAGCAUUCAUCGCUUUCACAACAACUCUCAGGUGAACAACCUUGUGCACUCGUCCUUCCCCAAGAGGGAGAAGAAAGUCAAGGGGAAGAAGAAGAAGCUGACCAAGGCAGACAUCGGCACGCCGAGCAACUUCCAGCACAUUGGACACGUGGGAUGGGAUCCAAACACAGGCUUUGAUCUGAAUAACUUAGACCCCGAGCUGAAACACCUCUUUGACAUGUGUGGCAUCUCCGAGGCCGAGCUGAAGGACAAGGAGACCUCAAAGGUCAUCUAUGACUUCAUUGAGAAGAAAGGAGGUGUAGAAGCUGUGAAAAAUGAGCUACGGCGACAAGGUCCACCCCGGUGGUGCGCCCCUCCACCUCCUCCAUCUAGAGGUGGCCCUCCUCCGCCACCCCCUCACCACAGUUCUGCACCUCCGCCCCCUCCCCCUGCGCGAGGACGAGGUGCCCCGCCGCCGCCCCCUCCCUCCCGAGCUCCGGUCUCUUCACACCCUCCUCCCCCUCCGACUCGGCCGGGCAUGUCCGCUCCACCUCCGCCUCCGCCAAGCAGAGGCUCCCUCCCGCCCCCACCUCCGCCAGCUCAUGCCUCCAUUCCCGUGGCGCCGCCCCCGCCGCCGCCUCCUCCUCCCAUGUCCGGUGGCGGUGCACCGCCUCCUCCACCUCCUCCUCCACCACCACCUGGCCCUCCACCUCCCGCUCCGCCGAUGUCCACAGACGCUAACGGGGGCGACGGCAGCCUGUCCUCAGGUGGAGGCAAGUCUGCGCUCCUGAGUCAGAUCAGAGAGGGCACAAACCUGAAGAAGGUGGACCAGAAAGAGAGGCCAGUGUCCAGCAGCACUGGCGGCGGCAGAGAUGCACUUCUGGACCAAAUCCGGCAAGGAAUCCAACUUAAAGCGAGAGAGGACAAUAUCGAAUCUUCUCCUACCACCGCGGCCCCCUCAGCGGGCAUUGUAGGGGCCCUGAUGGAGGUGAUGCAGAAAAGAAGCAAGGCUAUUCACUCUUCAGACGAGGACGACGACGAUGAAGACGAUGAGGACUUUGAGGAUGAUGAUGAAUGGGAAGACUAGUGAUUUUUUUUUUUUCUUUUUUUCCCUGCCCUGUCCUAACUCCUGGAUGAUUACGACACUAAAAAAAAAAUUGUCUUUUUAAAUUGUUCUAUCAAUUUGCUGUAUAUUUUUGUUGCCUUUAUGCUUUUUUUUUAUGAUUAAUCUGUGCAAUACCUCAUUUAAUCUGUAAAUGUUUGUCACUUUCAUAUCUUAGGUUGAAUGUUCUUCUCCUUUCUCUGUCUGUCUGUGCGUCAUUUCUGUCUUUCGCUAGCAAAAUGUCUCAUCUGUCAUUUUAUCUUUGUCCAGCUUUUUUUCCAUCUCUUUGUAUCGCCCUCUCUUCCUCCCACGUCCCCUGCGCUUUGAUGUUAAUCACCUCCAUCUGUCGGUUCAGCCUCUCAUCGCACAUGUCCCUCCCCGUCGCUGUCCUGCAGCGUCCAUAUCAACAUGUGCAAUUUCACAAUCUCUUCGGUCUUAGAAAAUUAAUGUUUUUUUGUUUGUUUAUUUUCAUCGAUUGAGGGGCUUAAAAAAAUGCGGGUGGCCACAUAGAAAUCACGCCUUCAUCACGGGAAGAAAGGCAAAAGUGAACUAUUUUCAUACCCUGUUGCUCUGUAGUUUAUUUUUACUUAUUCAAGAGGAUCCUAGUUUAGCGCUCAUAUUUUCUUAUGACAAAGAAGAAGGGUGAAAAGAAAAAAGAAAACGCUCUCGUUAGCUUCAUUCUGUCAACUGUAAAUUUGAGAGUUGUUAUAUUUUUGCACAGAUUGAAAGUGGAGACUCAUUAUGAAUAUGCUUUAAGUAAAUGAGGCAAAGUAGACUUUUAACCGUUAAACACGCCCACACUACGUACAGUAAACACAUUGUUGGCCGGCGAUCUAUUUGAAUGUUAGUUCAUUUUCUUUUGUUAUUGUCACACAUUUUUUUUUUUUAACAGUAGCGUAUUGGGAAUCAGGUUAUAAUAUACAUCGUGUAAAUCUUGAGGAAUAAAGACAUUUCUUUUUUUAGUCUCACACCUGAUGCUUAUACUGGGUGUUUUGUGGUUAUGGCUGCGCUGCUGAGCAGAAACGGUGGCACAAAAUGUGGAGUUCUUCCUCCUUUUAGACGCUGAGGUGUUGACAAAUGACGGGGUCAAGUCAUGGCAUUAUCCAACGAGUGCAUUAAGGUGUGUUACAUAGUUAAUCCCUACAAAGCCCAAUAGAUUGUGCUUUUUUAAAAAUGGCAUAAAUAAAGAUUCAUCAGGGAGUUGUUAAACUCAAAAAAGGUUAAAAUAUUGUUGUUUUUUUAGCAGUUCCUUUAUGUGGAGACUCUGCACUUAAAUAACCAAUCUGCAUUUUCUCUUUUAAAGAAAGCAAAAACAGCAGCUUCUGCAGCCGUUCAUUCUAAAGUCUGCUGGAACAGCAGCUGGACCUGAAAGAACACGUACACAUUUAGUGUGAGAGGUAACCAGAACAGGAAAUAAAAGACGGGAUUGUGUGCUGAAAUGUCUUUUUUUUUUGUUUGUUUUUAUAUUGUUUUAUAAUUGACAUUUUUGGUCUCCGAAAGACAAGUUGCCACUAGUUUGAUGUAAGAACUGACCCUGUGUUGUCAAAUAUAUUCUUUUUCAAGGGGAAAAGGAACACCUGGGCCAUGUUUUCGCAGAUGUUCAUGUCUUGAGGUAACUCGGUUAUAAUAAGGUGUUCUGGACGCCGAGCCUUUUUCUCAAACAGGCUUGACAAACUCAUACAUUAUACACUCCAAUAAAAGGUUGACAUUUA